GGUCGGUGUCGGUUUACCGGAUUCAGGACCCGACAACCAACACAUGUUAGAUGCUCGAGACCCGCUAAGCGAUAAGAAAUCGGAGCUUGCUGGUUGUCAAAGGAGAGUAGAGGAAGAGAUGAUGAAACAUUCAAAGGCAAUAGAAGUGACAAGAGCCAUGACGCUCAAUAAUCUGCAGACGGGUUUGCCUGGUGUGUUCCAAGCGUUAACAAGUUUCUCUGCUUUGUUCAUGGAGUCUCUUGAAACGGUGUGCACUCGUUCCUACUCUAUCAAGUAG